CACGGAGGUACGAAUGUAUGAUACAACGCCUUUUUAUAGUAAUUUCUACGCAACACCGGUUUAUACCGGAUGUGUCGUCAUGAAAACGCGACCCAAACGGAUAUUCAAGUGUAUCGAAAAGAAAGUGGAAGAAACGGAAUCACAAUGAAUACUCGAGGACUCCGCUCUCAGCUGAAAGACAGUAUACCUGUGGCAGGCUUAUGUCCACAGGGAGCUUAUGGAGUGCAGGACUCUCUGCGUAGCGGCUUUAGCAGUGUAAAGAAUGAGCUCCUUCCAAGCCACUCGCUGGAGCUGUCAGAAAAAAAUUUCCAGCUGAACCAGGACAAGAUGAAUUUAUCUACCCUCAGAAACAUCCAGGGUCUUCAUGCUCCGCUCAAACUGCAGAUGGAGUACAGGGCAGCUAGACAGAUCCAGCGCCUGCCGUUCUUACCGAGUUCAAACCUGGCUCUAGAUACACUGCGAGGCAGUGACGAGGCCAUCGGCUUUGAGGACAUCCUCAACGAUCCAGCCCAGAGUGAAAUGAUGGGCGAGCCACACAUGAUGGUGGAAUAUAAACUGGGGCUGUUGUGAAAGAAGAUGGACACACACAAUACACAGAUACACACAUAGAUUUAGGCUUAUUAUUUGUCUGCAUACGUUUGUUUAUUGGCUCAAAAAUAAAAAUCACCAACUCAGGUUCUGGAAAAUUGAGUUGUAAUCUUUUGGGAAAGAAAGGGGGCUUAACUGGGGGAGUUACCCUGUAAAUGAUUUAGAUCUGGAGUGUUGAACAGUCAUUCAGACAAGCAUUCAGUGCUGCUUUUGUAUGUUUUCAAUCCGGUUGGCAUUUCUAAUAAACUUCAUAACCUUC